AGCUUACUAAGCACUAUAUUCGUAUGUGAACUACAAUUACUAGAUACCCUCUGGGCUUCCACGGCCACUUGAAAUUUAUGUGCACUCGCCAACGAUAUUAUUACUAUUAUGGCAGGUCAUAUAAUUGCCUGCGCGACUACGUUGAUCCCUUAAUGAAAUUCGAUGAUUAGAGCCAUUACUGUGUACUCUGUUUUUUAAUAUUCUAUGGCAGUAACUCGUUUACUGUUUUCAACAAAAGCCAGCAUAGAUCAGUUCACUCAGUAUCGCAGUCAUGUGCUGUUUGCUCGAGCACAUUUUCAAAAUUCUGGUUUUUAUCUUUGCCAUUUUUAUAAACUUUCUUGUGGCCGCCAAUUUAGUAUUACAUUUCUUCUAUAUCAGGUUUUAUGGUCCGCAAGUUUUCACUUCGGGAAUAGAAAACUACUACUUAUUGUGGACAAUGCAAAGCUGGUGCGGAACCCUAAUGGUCGUAAUCAAGUUUAAGGAUCUGUGUUAUCUGCAAUGGUGGCUUCUGAUGACCUCGACCUUUAUUUUAGCUGGCCUUGUUCUACACUUGAUCCUGUUCGACUUCCAAGGAGAACACUUGGGUACCAAUGAAAAAGUUCACAACUACUUUGGUAUCGGGCUUAUGUUGGUCUCCCUUCUAACAGUCGCAAGCUAUUCCCGAACCCUAAGGCCACCAGAAGAAUCAGACCUUUUAUUUAAGGCGACCACUAAUUAAUCGUUUUUAACGAAACUUAUCAUAUUUUGUAAAAUGUUUGCUUUCACUUCUUAUGUCCUCCUGAAACAUAUCAUUUCUAUGAUAUUCAUUUAAUAGAUUCAAGGCAAUUUGUUCUAGCCUUUUAUUGGUAACUAUAUGUAGUUGGUAGUGUACCUUGACACAUUUCCCUGGCGCCCUUUGUCAGUUUGUGGAUUAAAUUACCAAGAAAAGAGGGAAGUGUUAAAUUUAAGUACCUCGACUGCCAAAUACCCAUUACACAGAUAGUGGAGCACGAAAUUUUAAAAUUGUGCUCGCAUGUGGAAGGAUGUUUGCUAGACAAAUAUUAAGAUCAAAGAUUUGUUAAAACAAAUAAUUUUUUUUUUAUUAAUAUUUAUUAAGUGAAGAAUCCGUACAUCAUAAUAUUGUAUCUUAACA